AUUUUAACUACCUAUAACUAUCUGCAAGUGAGAAAUUUCUUCUGCUAACAACAGAUUGGCUUGUAGCCGCGGUGGUUUUAUGGAAUGAAAAGCUCGUCAGUUCGGAUUAAACUAGCUGAGUUAUAAGUCGAAGCGUUCAUCCAUUCAAAUAUAAUAUAAGUUUAUGUAGUCAAAAUAUAAAAUUAGAAGGACAGCGAUAAAAGAAAUAAUUGUGUAUAAAUUGUCAGCAUUAUCAAUGAUUCCAUACGUGGUUACUGAAUUUAAGAAGUUGAAUAAUAAACCCAUGAAAAAUGAAAAAAUUGGAAAAAAACCGUAAAUUUUCAAAAAUUGAUUGCUGUACAGUUUAUAACCAGCUUAUAUAGUGUAAUUAAAAAAGUUUCAAGCGGAAUAAUGGGGAACAGAGGAAUUUUAAAUAGGUCCGCAAAUUAUGUUGAGUCUGAACUCCACCUUCAUACAUUAUCGCAACAUCAAAAAUUACAUAAUAACAGUUUUGAUCUGCAAACAAUAAUAGAUAUUUUAAAUAAUUUUUAUCAAGAAUUUUAUGGAGAAAUUAAUUAUAUUCUUAUCUUAUUAUACAUACCAGUUAUAAUUAUCGCCGUAGUUGCCAAUAUUUUAGUUAUUGUUGUGGUUUACAAGUAUCGACAUAUGCGUAGCGUAACUAACUAUUUUGUUGUCAAUUUAUCAAUUGCUGAUCUAUUGGUGACCUUUAUUUGCAUGCCUAUCGCAGUUAGUCAAGCAGUAUCAGUUAUUUGGAUUUACGGCGAAUUUAUGUGCAAGUUGUUUUACUACCUUCAAGGAGUUGCGGUUGCAGCUUCAGUUUUCACCAUUACUGCAAUGAGUAUUGACCGAUAUUUUGCCAUAAGGAGUCCUAUUGUUUUUAGAAGAGUUUUCAAUCGUAAAAGUAUAAUAAUUGUUAUUAUAACUCUUUGGAUCAUCGCCAUGGCUAUAUUUGUUCCGAUGUUCAAAAUGGUUACUUUACAAAGUCCUUUUGAGGAGUUUGAAAACAUUACUUUAGAUGGUCAAUGGAGUAUUCAUAAUGGUUUUGAGAUCCUCAAACUUCCUUUUUUACAUGUAUGCUCGGAGAAUUUUAAUACUCAUGGUAUUUAUGUUCAUGUAUUUGGGACUCUGUGCUUUAUAAUUGUUUAUGCAAUUCCAGGGCUUGUUGUCAUCUUUUCUUACUCACUGAUGGGUCGUACACUGUGUACGCGAAGACCUCCUUUUGAUUGUGGAAAUGCAGAAAGAAGUAUAAGUUAUCAACAGGGCACUCGAAUUGUUCGCGAGAGAAGACGACUCGCAUGGAUUUUAUUGCUUCUAGCAAUUCUUUUUGCUCUAUGUUGGCUUCCGUAUCAUCUUCUACGGUUGUUAUUAGAUUUUGGAGUAAUAGAUAAAAGGAAGAGUGUUAUCAAUUCUUUAUCAUACUGUCUUUUUCUUGGACAUGCAAAUAGUGCCCUUAAUCCUAUAGUCUACUGCUUCAUGACUCGUAACUUUCGGCAAAGUGUUUACGAUGUACUAUGCCAGGGCACGAAUGGUAUUUCACGAUGCAAAAUUCAAAAAAAUGAUACAGUCGGAAUUCCUAAUAGUAGAAGCGUUCGAGCACAAAGUCACUCUCAAAAUUCGCAUUCAAAAAAAUUUUCAAGGCAAGAUUUGGAAAAAGGAAAAUUGAGUUCACAUCAAGACAUUGACCAACCAGUAUUGGUUCAUACGAGUGAUAUUAAAACACCUAAGAAAGUUAAGCAAAUUUAUACUUCUCGUCAUGAGAGUUCAGAACCGAUAAAAAGUCAGAUUCUUAAAACAAAACAAGAUCAAUUGAGUCAGAUUUUUGAGGAAGAGAUCAUUAUACACUAG